AAUUAAUUUAAAAUACCAUAAUCGGAGUGCUAUAAUUAUAUUUUUUAUGUUUUAUUUAAACAAAUUAGGUCACGUGAUAUCUCCAUGACCACGACACAACCACUCCAUUCUCAUGUAUAUUCAUUCAUUCAAACAUAAACUUUUUAUUAGCUUACUUCAAAAUUUAUCCUGAAAACUGAAACCUUAUCCACCACUAAUAGCAAAACAACAACCAUCAUUUCUACAGCUUCACAUACCACACACAUUUUCUUGAAAUAUGUCAUCAACUAACUAAAUGAUGCAAUAAACGUUGACAAACGUCUCACAUCUACUCUGGUAACGCCUUUACAAAUACGGAAAACGUCAUAAAAUAUUUUUCAAACGAAGGCUAUCCUCUAAUAUAAAUACUGGGUUGAAUCAAUAAUCCAUCAAAGCUCAAAAAGCUCGUCAACGAUGAACUCCCUGCUCUUCGUCUCUCUCCUCGCCACCCUCUCGGCCGCCAGCGCCUCCAUCAUCGGCCUGGGCGGCCUGGGGGCCACCGUAGUCGGUCCCGCCGCACCCGGCACCGUCCUGAAAGGGCCCGCCGCCCAAGCCACCGUCGCCGGACCCGACGGAAGCGCGAUCUCAGCCGCCGCCCAAGCCGGGGCUGUUGCUGCGGCUGCUAGACCCGGAGGAGUCAUCACCGCCGCAGUUGCUCCCGGAGUGGUCGCCGCUGCGGCCCCCAUUGCCGCCAUCGCCGCUCCCAUCGCUGUUGCCGCUCCCGCUCUGGCUCUCGCCGCUCCCGCCGCCGUCAUCGCCGGGCCGUCGGGGACGGUCGCCACCACCGGUUUACUGGGGAGGACCGUAGUCGCAGGGCCAGCUCUGGGCCUGGGGCUGGGGCUUGGCGGGAAAUUAUUGUUGUAAUUUUGGGUGAUUUUUCGACUGCUCUGAUUUAGGU